CCUCUUUCCUUUUGUGCCUGGACACGCUUCUCACUAGUUUCCCAUUAGUCUGGGACCAUAAAAGGGAGGGUUUGGGGAGGAUCCUCACCCUCCAGGCUGCAAAGAUCAGAGCUGAUCCCAGGCUUUAAGGUCUGAGAUGGUCUUUUUUUAGGCCGCUUUUUUACACGUCUACAGAAUUUCGGCUGGUGGGCAGGACCCCUCUUUUUGGAGCCAGGCGCCUCCCCUGCUCCCCGCCCCUCGCUGGCGACUCUACCGCGCCCAGUGGCCAACUUGCAGGGAAUCCCAUCAUCCAUCCGCUCUCUCUCCAUGGCUUCUCUCGGCUUUCUUUUGCUGGCGCUGAGCCUUUGCGGGGUCCAGGCCUUGGGGGACCCCGGCCCCUUGGAGGACGUCGUCAUUGAGCGCUAUUACAUCCCCAAAGUCUGCCUGCGGGAGGUCCAGAUGGGAGACUUCGUCCGCUAUCAUUACAACGGGACCUUCCAGGACGGCACCAAGUUUGACUCCAGCUAUGACCGGGGUGCCACCGUGGCAGGUGUGGCAGGUGUUGGAAGACUCAUCACAGGAAUGGAUAGAGGUCUGCAAGGCAUGUGUGUGAAUGAGAGGAGGCAUCUCAUAGUACCACCUCAUCUCGGCUAUGGCAGCAUUGGUGUUGCUGGUAUGAUUCCCCCAGACACCACUCUCUAUUUUGAUGUCAUCAUGAUUGACAUCUGGAACAAAGAAGACAAGCUGCAGAUCACUACUCUGUACAAGCCGGAACGGUGUAACCGCACAGUGGAGGAUUCAGAUUUUGUGCGUUACCAUUACAAUGGCACACUUCUGGAUGGCACUCCUUUUGACUCCAGCUAUGGAAAAGAAAGUACCUAUGACACCUACGUAGGUUCGGGCUGGCUGAUCAAAGGCAUGGACCAAGGCCUGACAGGCAUGUGCGCUGGAGAGAAGCGGAGAAUAGUCAUCCCUCCAUUCCUGGCCUAUGGAGAGAAAGGCUAUGGGACUGUCAUCCCUCCUCAAGCCUCCUUGGUUUUUGACGUUCUCCUGGUGGAUCUGCACAAUCCCAAAGAUGGCAUCUUCUUGGAGCACCUGGAAGUGCCAGCGUCAUGCAAACGCAAAUCUGUGACCGGAGAUUUUGUGCGCUACCAUUAUAAUGGCACCUUGAUGGAUGGGAGCCUGUUUGAUUCCAGUUACUCACGGAAUCACACAUAUGAUACUUACAUCGGAAAAGGCUAUAUUAUCCCAGGAAUGGAUCAAGGACUGCAAGGGGUCUGCGUUGGUGAAAAGAGAAGAAUCAUCAUCCCUCCCCAUUUGGGAUAUGGUGAAAGUGGGGCAGGGACCAAGAUCCCUGGUUCUGCGGUCUUGAUCUUCGAUGUCCAUGUCAUUGACUUCCACAACCCCACGGACCCUGUGGAGAUAAGCACAGUCUUUCGGCCUGCAGACUGCAAUAUUACCACCCAGGACAGAGACUUUGUCCGCUAUCAUUAUAACUGCUCCUUGCUGGAUGGUACUAAGCUCUUCUCCUCGCAUGACUAUGAACAUCCUCAGGAAGCCACUUUGGGCACCAACAAGAUAAUUGAAGGCUUGAACAAUGGCUUGCUCAACAUGUGUGUGGGAGAGAAACGGGUCAUCACUAUUCCUCCACAUUUGGGUCAUGGUGAAGGCGGUGCCCGGGGUGUUCCUGGCAGUGCUGUUCUCCAGUUUGAGAUUGAGCUUUUACAUCUGGAGCCAGGGGUUCCCGAAGGUUACCUGUUCAUCUGGCACAGUGAGCCACCAGCAAAUCUGUUUGAAGCCAUGGAUAUCAACAAAGAUGGUGAAGUUCCACCUGAAGAGUUCUCAACAUUCAUCAACUCCCAAGUUGCUGAAGGCAAAGGUCACAUGAUGCCAGGAUCUGACCCUGAAAAGAUUGUCAAUGACAUGUUCCAAAACCAGGAUCGGAACAAGGAUGGGAAAAUCACAGCAGAUGAACUGAAGUUGAAAUCGGAUGAAGAUCAAGUGAAACACGAGGAACUUUAAAAGAGAGAGGACUCAGGGGUUGGGCUCUUUUUGUUUUUAAAGUAUACCAAUUUGUUGGUGUCUCUUUCCCUACACAGGGGCUUAUUUGCUCCCCACCUCUAUCCUGAGUUAGAGAGACUGGAUUUGGGAAGAGCAAGACAUUUUCUUCCUUCUUUUGGUAACAUUUGGUUUUGCUUUUUGUGUGUGGGGGGAAGAGUUAUUUAACUGAGAUUCUGUUUCAAUAAACCAAAACCAGGGAAUUGACACCACAAUGAAAUAUUCCCGAUCCAUGUCUUUCUAGAGCCAAAUUUCACCCCACUCUACUCGCUUUAGUUCAAUAUAUUUCCUUAGAAUCCUCCCCUGUGGGAGAUAAUUUGGGGUGGAGAUUAUGAAACUGUUUCAUGCCUCUUGUCCCAUCAGAUCCAGGUGUUCCAUUUAGGUAUACUGGGUUCUCCUUUUUAAAUAAAAAAACAUUGUGGAAAUUUUAACUGAGUGAUAGGAACCAAACAAGUAAACUGUGAGCCAUCUUCAUUGCUUAAUCUAUAGGUUCUUACACAACUGGGUAUUUUAAUUUUGUUUUGGCAGAACUAGGAAUGGGAAGUAAAAAUGUGAUUUGCUGUGAGUUUUCCGGGCUUUAUGGCCAUGUUCCAGAAGCAUUCUCUCCUGAUGUUUUGCCCACAUCUAUGGCAGGCAUCCUCAGAGAUUGUGUGGUCUGUUGGAAACUAGGCAAGUGGGGUUUAUAUAUCUGUGGAAAGUCCAGGGUGGGAGAAAGAACUCUUGUCUGUUUGAGGCAUGUGUGAAUGUUGCUAUUGGCCACCUUGAUUAGCACUGAAUAGCCUUGCAGCUUCAAAGCCUGGCUGCUUCUUGCUUGGGGAAUCCUUUGUUGGGAGGUUUUGGCUGGCCCUGAUUGUUUCCUAUCUGGCAUUUCCUUAUUUUCUGAUUGUUGUUCUUUAUUUAUUGUCCUGAUUUUAGAGUUUUUUUUAAUACUGGUAGCUAGAUUUUGUUUAUUUUCAUGGUUUCCUCCUUUCUGUUGAAAUUGUCCACAUGCUUGUGGAUUUCAAUGGCAUCUCUGUGUAGUCUGACAUGGUGAUUGUUAGAGUGGUCCAGCAUUUCUUUGUUCAACAAAGGAUUCCCCCAGACAGGAAGCAGCCAGGCUUUGAAGCUGCAAGGCUAUUCAGUGCUAAUCAAGGUAGCUAAUUGCAACAUUCACACAUGGCUCAAACAGACAAGAGUUCUUUCUCCCAUCCUGGACAUUCCACAGAUAUAUAUACGCCCCACUUGCCUAGUUUCCAACAGACCUCACAACCUCUGAGGAUGCCUGCCACAGAUGUAGGUGAAACAUCAGGAGAGAAUACUUCCGGAACAUAGCCAUACAGCCCGGAAAACUCACAGCAAUUCCGGCCAUGAAAGCCUUGACAACACAAUGAAAAAUCUGUUUGUUAUUCUGAACUAGAGUAGAUCAGUUGCAUUGAUGGAAUUAUUAACCUAACUCCUAUAGGAGUCAUGUUGAUUCAGCUUCGGCUGUAGUUGAGACUAACAGUUAGAUAUCUACUCCCCUAUUGUUUUCCUGGCAGGGUUCUUGCAUCUCUUAAAACCCUUGAGAAGAAGGCAUCCAAAAGCUAAACUUUUAUUGCUGCAGCUAUGCGAGGAAGGUCUGUGCCUAUUGAAUUCCUGCCACGAUUGAAAAGCACAAGCCCUUUAAAAACUAAUCAUUAGGAGGCAGGUUGUUUUGGACCUUUUCUGAUUAAAAUGUAAACUUGGGAGUACAGCUUUUUCCUUUUAUCAGUCCUGCUAGCAUCUUUUUCUUUCUAAGGGAUCUUCCACACAGCCCUAUAUCCCAGAAUAUCAAGGCAGAAAAUCUUACAAUGUCUGCUUUGGACUGGGUUAUCUGUGUCCACACCGUCAUGUAUUCCAGUUCAAAGCAGAAAAUGUGGGAUUUUAUUCAGCUGCGUGGAAGAGGCCUCAGUUUAUUGUUCACUAGACAUCCUUCAACAAAAUCCCUAAUAUAAAAUGGUAAAGUCAUGGUUUGCUUUUUGGAUUUUGGCAGGAGCAUGGAGAGAUUUUCAAGCCAUGGAUGGUUGAAUCCAUGGAUGUCACUGCUGACAAUUUGCAGACUUACACGCACCUGCAUGUUGUAAUGUUUCUGAAUCAAUGCUUCCUAGGUUUCUCAUGUUUGCUCAUUACCUCAAGCUUCCUAAGAUGUGUUGAUCUGCCACUACGGAUUCUUGCAGUCCUAGACAGUAUGGGUGUGUUGUUUAACCAAUUAUGGCAAAGCAGAGGAUAUUCUGGUCCUCAUCUCAAGACAGAAGGCUUACCAAAAGAAGGGCUUGAAUUGCUCUGAGGCUAGAUUGGAGCCAGAAUUCCCUUAUACAUUCUUGUUGCCUUGCAAGUGAAGGCACAGUCAGUGUCACCAGUUUUUAAGUCUUUUUAUAGAUGUUUCACUUCAUCCAGAGUUGAAGUGCAGCAUUAUAAAGAGAUUGAUCUGUAGAAAUUAGCAUAUUAUAAUUUCUCCAUCCACUGCUGUAAAUAUCUUUAUCUGCUGAACUCUUCAAAUAAAGAGUAGAGCAAGCCACUUGGCAACCCAUAGCAUGUGGAUGAAAAAAUUUACAUCUGCCUUCAAAACUGUUUUCCCAAAAUCACUCAUUGCCCUGGAGCUUCCGGUGGCACAGUGGGUUAAACCCUUGUGCCGGCAGGACUGACAAUAGAAAGUUGGGUUGGUGACCUGAAGGUUGCCGGUUCGAAUCCAACCCAGGGAAAAUUCAGAUGAGCUCCUUCUGUCAGCUCCAGCUCUCCAUGCGGAGACAUGAGAGAAGCCUCCCAUAAGGAUGGUAAAACGUCAAAACAUCUGAGUAUCCCCUGGGCAAUAUCCUUGCAGACAGCCAGAUCUCUCGCACCAGAAGUGACUUGCAGUUUUUCAAGUCACUCCUGACACAAAAAAACCUCAUUGCCCUUUUGGAAACUCUCCCUCAUCUUUCCGUCCCAAAUUAUGCUAAUGUGUCUACUUCAACAAUUCAAACAUAUAUGUUCCAAGCCAUUCCUGUCCUCGGUGUUGCUUACCACAGCUGGAUUGAUUGGACGGAAUAGGAAUAGGAAUGAGAAAUAUUGGACUGAACGAUUUUAGACAUCGAAUAGAUAAUUGCAAAAUACCUUUUCCAGUAAUAAAAUAAAAUAAACCAUUUCUAUCUAUA